AUGGCUAGAAAGAAAAGCAGGUUCACUGUAAAUGAAGUUGUGUCCAUGUUAGAAGAUGAUGCCAGUUUUCAGAGAGCUGAUAUACAUAUUUUACCGCCCCCUCCAGAUGAACUAACAGAUGAAGACAGUGGAAGUGAAGAUGAAGAUGUGUCUUACGACAAUCUAAGUGGACGACAACUGGAACAGCCAGCUACUGUAACUCUGAUACAUCCUGAAGGCCGCCAAGUUAUUGAUAGAGCUGUGGAUUCUAAUAGUGAUACUGGAAGUACGGCCUCUGGCUCAGAAACAGAUGAAUAUGAAGUUCCUGCUGUGCUAUCAAGUCCUUCAACAUCUAGGACAGGCAUAAGAGUUGCUCUGCGUGAUCCUCCUUCUGCACCGAGACUUAAACGACCUCCACCAACUAAGCGUAAAUGGUCAAACCGGGACAUACCUAGACAACAGGCUGACAAAUUUACCUGGAGAGAUCCACAUACUGAUACAUCAAGAUUGCCCCAGACACCAAAGGGCAUAUUUGAACUGUUUUGUGAUGACGACAUUCUUGACAUGAUGGUAGAACAAAGCAUUAGGUAUGCUGGAUCAAAAGGGAACCACACAUUCACUACAUCAAGAGAAGAAUUGGGCGUUUUUAUGGCUAUAUUGAUAGUGUCUGGUUAUAGCAUUGUUCCACGCCGGAGGAUGUACUGGAGUCAUGAUACUGAUGUAAGAAACGAUGCAAUCGCAAGCACCAUGACACGAGACCGCUUUGAUACGUUGGUGCGGUACAUUCAUCUUUGUGACAAUGCCAGCUUAGACCAAGAUGACAAGUUUUCUAAAGUGCGACCACUACUUUCGCUACUAAAUGAACGCUUCUUGCUUUAUUUUCCGAAACAGCAGAAUCUAUCGAUAGACGAGAGUAUGAUUCCCUACUACGGACGGCAUGGAGCUAAGCAGUUCAUAAGAGGAAAGCCAGUUCGUUUUGGAUACAAGAUGUGGGCACUCACAACACCUCUUGGUUACUUGUUGCAAUAUGAACAAUACCAGGGAGCUAGAGGACGCCAAGCAGCUGACACAAACCGCCUUGGUAUGGGCGGUGCAGUAGUGAUGGACUUGCUUGUUGAACUCAACAAAGACAAUGCAAAUCAUUUGACAUUUGAUAAUCUUUUCACAUCGCUUCGUUUGGUAGAUGAGUUAUCAAAGUUGGGCAUAGCAUGUACUGGAACAGUACGUUCCAACAGGGUAGAAGAUUGCCCAUUACGAUCAGUGAAGGAAAUGGCAAAAACAGAGAGAGGAACGUAUGAUAAGGCCUAUGAUACAAACAAUGGAUUGAUCGUUAUAAGAUGGAAUGACAACAACAUUGUCAAUGUGGUUUCAAAUGUGUACGGUGUUGAACCUGUACAAACUGCAUCUAGAUGGUCAAGAGCGGAGAGAAGAAGAAUACGGAUCAAACAGCCAGAUGCGAUAAGCCAGUACAAUCAAACCACGGGAGGGGUUGAUCGAAUGGAUCAGAAUGUAGGUAAAUAUCGUAUCUCUAUUCGAUCAAAGAAGUGGUGGUGA